UUAGGGUUGUGCAUCGCCCAUUUUGCUCAAAUUGUAUGAACCCAAGAUGUCGUAUCUGCAUGCAUUAUGUUGUUACCGUAAAAAUGGCACCUUCUCUAUGAAUCUUUGAACCCAAAUCCAACAGAAACUUGAGCAUUCUGCGCACUGUGAGCCUCCCUUCCCCUCUCUAUAUAGAAGACUAAGCUUCUUGUACUAGAGAGAGAAACUGGCUUUCUUUCCUUUGUAGAGACAAAGGCUUCUUUCCUUUCAGAGAGGCCAUGUCUCACUCUUUGUACUGCACUCUCCUCCUGUUCACCUCCAUUGUCACCACCCAUGCAUCUUUUCUCUCUCUCUCUACCGACCAGGAGGCCCUCCUCGCCUUCAAAGACUCGCUCGAGCCAAACCCUUCUCUCUCUUCCUGGAACCGAACUGCACCUGUGUGCUCGUGGCCUCACCUCUCCUGUGACCAGCAGAACCAGAGGGUGCGCAAUCUGAGCCUGGCUGGGCUCGGCUUGAAGGGUCCUCUCUCUCCUCACUUAACCAAUCUCUCUCUACUUCUCUCUCUUGACUUAUCCAGCAACCAGCUUCAUGGACCCAUACCAGUUGAGUUCUCGACUUUCUCUCUCCUGCAAAGCCUCAAUCUCAGCUCCAAUUCUCUCUCUAGCCGGAUUCCGGCCGACCUCUACAACUGCUCAUCUCUUCUCACUCUGGAUCUCAGUGCAAAUCAGCUUUGGGGCCAGCUCCCUCUAGAGCUUGGCCUCUUUCUCUCUCUACAAGUGCUCCGCUUGGACCGCAACAAUCUCACUGGAGCCAUCCCCCCGUCUCUUGGAAAACUCUCCUCUCUCUCUCUUCUUACUCUCUCUCGAAACCACCUUCGAGGCCGCAUACCAGAGGAGUUGGGGCGUCUCAAAAACCUUAGGAGACUGCAAAUUGGAAUGAAUAAUCUCCAUGGGCCAAUCCCUUUCUCUCUCUACAAUUUGACUGCUCUUCGAGUACUUGCGGUCACGGGAAAUGAGCUUGUUGGUUCUUUACCUGAUGAUAUGGGGCUCAAGCUUCCCAAUUUACAGCAAGUUUUCAUGGCUCAAAACAAUCUAAGCGGCCGAAUUCCAUCUUCUUUAGGUAAUUGCUCUGGUUUGAAGUUCCUUGAUCUCUCUUCAAACAAUUUCAAUGGCUCAAUUCCUCUGAUUUUCGCGAAUUUAACCCAACUUAGCUUCCUAAAUCUCAAAGAAAACAAGCUUUCCAGCGAUGGGGAAACAGGUUUAAGCUUCCUAACACAAUUGAACAAUUGCCCAUAUCUCGAAGUCAUAUCGAUGGCUUCGAAUCGACUCUCCGGCGUGCUCCCUGAUUCCAUAGCCAAUCUCUCCACCAUGCUCACUGAGUUCUGUUUACCGGGAAACCAGAUUUCAGGCACAAUACCUGAUGGAGUUGGAAACCUGGAAAAUCUUCAACUAUUCUCAAUGGAAAAUAACAACCUUAGUGGAACAAUCCCUGCAAGUAUUGGAAAGUUAUCGAAACUUUUGCAGCUAACUUUGCAGGGAAACCAACUUUCAGGGCCAAUUCCUGACUCCAUUGGUGAUCUCACAGGGCUUAAUAAGCUAAUGCUGGAGGGUAACAAGCUUUCGGGUUCCAUACCUUCGAGUCUUGGGCGAUGCCAAAAGUUGGAGGUGUUGGGUCUCUCUCAAAAUACGCUAAGUGGAAGUAUACCAAGAGAAAUUUUAAUGGUUACAGGCAUGAAUCAGUAUCUGGGUUUGGCUCAAAAUUCUCUUACUGGUUCAAUUCCUCUUGAAAUUGGAAAGCUAACUAUCAUCGCAAUGAUUGAUAUCUCUGCGAAUAACUUAUCAGGUGAGAUUCCAGCCACUUUGGGGUCCUGUUCAAGCUUGAUGGGUUUCAACAUGGCUAGGAAUGGGCUUGUGGGGAAAAUUCCUGAGUCCUUGUCGAGCUUAACCUCCAUUGAAUUCCUUGAUCUUUCUUCUAAUCAAUUGUCUGGUGUGAUCCCAAACGAUUUGCAAAAGCUUCAGCAUUUGAAGAACUUGAAUCUCUCUUUCAACAAACUUGAAGGAGAAGUACCAAGAGAUGGGGUUUUCAGCACCCUCAAUGGUUCAUCUAUACUGCCAAAUACGAAGCUUUGUGGGGGUAUACCAAAGCUAAAUCUGCCCCCCUGCAUCUCUAAAAGAAAUGAUGAGUUUUUGGCUCUGAAAGCUGUAGUUCCAGUUGUUUCAUUGACUGCAAUUUUGGUUAUCGCAUUGCUUUUAAUGCUCUGGAGAAGCAGGCAGACGCGCAAAGUGGAUAACCAAUCCUCUGAGACCUUCUCCUUUGAAGGGUCACAUAAGUUGGUCUCCUAUGGUGAUCUGCUCAACGCAACUAAUAGUUUCAGUGAUGGUAAUCUCAUAGGAAAGGGAAGCUUUGCCUCUGUUUAUAGAGGAAUCAUCAAUGGUGAGACUACCCCUGUUGCAGUUAAGGUCUUUGACUUGAUCCAACACAGAGCAGCUAAGUCUUUUAUGGCAGAAUGUGAAGCACUGAAAAAUGUUCGACACACUAACCUCAUCAAGGCCAAAACUUCUUGUUCCUCUGUAAAUUUUAAGGGAGAAGAGUUCAAGGCUCUGGUUUUUGAAUUCAUGCCCAAUGGGAGCUUGGAUCAGUGGCUCCAUAGUUCCUUGACCCUGAGCUUGGUUCAAAGGCUUGAAAUAGCCAUAGACAUAGCCAUAGCCAUGGACUAUUUGCAUCAUAACUGUGAACCUUCUGUUGUGCACUGUGAUUUGAAACCAAGUAAUGUGCUUUUAGACAACGAGAUGAAGGCCCAUGUUGGGGACUUUGGGUUAGCGAAAUUGAUAGAGGCACACUUCACAAUGAGCGAGACAAGCACAGUUGCACUGAAAGGAACUGUGGGGUAUAUUGCACCAGAGUAUGGUUUGGGGGCUGAAGUAUCUAAGGAAGGGGACGUUUACAGUUAUGGAAUAGUGGUGCUUGAGAUAUUUACAGGGAAGCGGCCGACACAUGACAUGUUCAGCGAAGGUAGAGUUAGCCUUGCAAAGCAUGUAACCAUGGCUUAUCCAGAUCAUGUUAUUGACACAGUGGACCCAAGGCUCUUCUUAGAAGAAGAAUGGGGUGACCCUAGAAGAAUGAAGUGCGUGCUCGAAGUGUUAGGCCUGGCCUUGUGGUGCUCAGUUGAGGCUCCUAGAGAGAGGCCAAGUAUGAGACAAGUCCUGAAAACUAUGCACGAAAUCAAGGGGUGUUUAUUGAGUUUAAGUAUAUAGCUCUGUUCAAAUCCAAAUAUUAGUAUUGCAGCCUUGAGGUUGUAUGAUCAAACCCGGAUCAGUCUCCAUGAGCAAAAGAAUAGAAGUUCCCUCUGACAGGGGCUCAGAGUGUAGGGAAGAGGCUGUAACAACCUUAUUGAAACAUUGUUCAUGUCACCAGCUGGAAAUUUGGUCAAAAUUCAAACUGUUCUUCUUGUAAAAUGGGAAGAGUUUUGAGUACAUUGGCUUGCAUAUUGAAGGGAUAGUAUGUUAUGAUCGCUAAACCAUGAGAAAAUUGUGGUCUUAAGGGUGUUCAAUAUAUAAUUAAGGAAAAAGUUUACAUAAGGUCGACAAUUUAUAUUGUAGAAUUAUGGAUUUGGUUUCUUCUAUGUCAGUUUCUUUUUCUCAUGUCUAU